UUUCAGGAUGACAGACACUUCUGAAGCUGUUGCCAAUUUUGAAGAGAUGUUUGCCAGUAGAUUCACAGAAGAUGACAAGGAGUACCAGGAAUACCUGAAAUGCCCUCCUGAGUCCCCUCCAAUCGUUGAGGAAUGGAAUAGCAGAGCUGGUGGGAACCAGAGAAAUAGAGGCAAUCGGUUGCAAGAUAACAGACAGUUUAGAGGUAGGGAUAGCAGACAGGGGUGGCCAAGUGACAACUGAUCCAAUCAGUGGCAUGGAUGAUCCUGGGGUAACAAUUACCUGCAGCACAGACAAGAACCUUACUACCCCCAUCAAUACAGACCCUAUGGUUACAACCAACGGCCUCCCUAUGGUUACUACUGA